AUGGUUAAGAAAAUCGAGUGGAGUGACAUUGGUGCUAAUGCGGGCUCUCCUAUUCUGUCUCCUGCGGUCGUGACGUCGAAAUCGGACAACCUCGUGUUCACGUCGGGAUGCGUUGGAACGGAUCCAACCACCGACGCCUUACCAGAAGAUCUAGAACAACAAACCCGCAAUGCCAUUCUCAACCUUCGAAAUGUGCUAGCAGCCAGCGGUUCGUCGCUGGACCACGUUGUAAAGGUCCUGCUUUUUGUCAGUGACAGUGCCCACGCCAAAAUCGUGAACAAAGUUUACCAAGAGUUUUUCCCUGGCAAGCCAGCUAGAAGCUGCAUCGUCGUUGCAUUCCCCAACACGGCACUUAAAAUCGAGUUGGAAUGCGUUGCUGAGGUUCCAGCUAAGCGUCGCUGGCUGAAGCUGUAG